CACGAUGAGAGCUCACCACCUCGAAGCUGCUGCUUCAUCACACUUCGUCGAUCAACCUCCUCAACAUGGCCAAAUUGCUGAAGAAACCGCUGAAGCUGGCGCUGGUGCAGCUCGCCACUGGAGCAGACAAGACGGCGAACCUCGCACGAGCUCGUUCAAAGGUCCUCGAAGCCUCCUCCAAAGGCGCAAACAUUGUCGUCCUGCCCGAAUGUUUCAACAGCCCCUACGGAACGAAGCACUUUCCCAGAUACGCCGAGACGCUGCUGCCGUCGCCACCGACUAAGGAGCAAGCGCCUUCCUUCCACGCCCUGUCCGAGCUCGCGAAAGAGGCAAAGGCAUACUUGGUGGGCGGCAGCAUACCAGAGUACUGGGAGGAGACGAAGAAAUACUACAACACCUCCUUGACCUUCGAUCCGAAUGGCAAGUUGAUCGGGACACACCGCAAGGUGCACCUGUUCGACAUCGAUAUUCCAGGCAAAAUCUCGUUCCACGAGAGCGAGGUGCUGUCACCGGGCAACAAGGUGACACUCAUUGAUCUGCCCGAGUACGGCAAGAUUGCAGUCGCCAUCUGCUACGACAUUCGCUUCCCCGAGCUGGCCAUGAUCGCCGCGAGGAAGGACGCGUUCUUGCUGCUGUACCCAGGCGCCUUCAAUCUCACGACUGGUGCGAUGCAUUGGGAGCUCCAAGCGCGUGCGAGAGCCAUGGACAACCAGGUCUAUGUGGGGCUCUGCAGUCCGUCUCGCGAUAUGCAGGCCGAGUACAAUGCUUGGGGCCACUCGAUGGUCGUGAACCCGAAUGCGUCUAUUCAGUCAGAACUGGACGAGAACGAGGGCAUCACGUACGCUGACCUGGACAAUGAUACCAUCGAGGAGUCGCGCAAAGGCAUUCCCAUCUACACGCAACGUCGAUUUGACGUGUACCCGGAUGUCAGUGCGGGCAAAGUGCGCUUCGAAGAGUAGCAGUUACGCAUGCAGAAGGGUUGGUGCGCAAGAGCAAGUGCCAAGCAGCAAUAACGUCAGGUAGGAACAACGACCGCGAUUGCUUUGCACGCCGAAGCUUUCAUUGCUCAUCUUCUGCCCUCCAAACUGUGCAGUGGUGCACUCAUUUCUCUAU